AUGGCGCCGUACACAGCUGCCCAGAAGAAGCUAAUUGCUGAAUUCAUUGAGGUCACCAGGACCAAGGACACCGUGGCCCCCAAGUUCCUUAAAGCAAGUGGAUGGAAGUUGGAACAAGCGAUUGUUGAUUACCUGGCCGCUGCCAAGAGCACACAACAUGUGUAUACCUCGCCAAUUACCAUCCUUUUCGAAAGCUACCGCGACGACCCGGUCGAGAGUCCGGAUACCAUCGGUAUCACUCGCGCCAUAGACUUCCUACGUGACAUCAAUGUGGAGCUGGACGAGGUCGCCUGUCUGGCCGUCUCCGAGCAACUCAAGUGCCCCUCGAUCGGCGAAAUCACCCGUGAUGGCUUUGUGCUUGGAUGGAUCAAUGCCGGCUGCGACACUAUCCCCCUGAUGCAGGAGUGGGUCAAGAAGGUCCGUACCCGCAUCCCUAAGGAUCCCCAGCUCUUCCGGAAGGUCUACCGUUACGCCUUCACGGUCUCCCGCAUGCAAGGUCAGCGUCACCUGCAAUUUGACAUCGCCGUCGAGCAGUGGCGUCUCUUCUUCACUGCUGAGCGCGGCGGUCUGGCUUGGAACACCAAGACUACCCCGUGGCUGGACUGGUGGAUCCAGUACCUCGAAGAUUUCGGCAGCAAGCCCGUUACCAAGGACCUGUGGGAGCAGGUUGAGGUCUUCAUGCGCAAGACUCUCGAGGAUGAGGAUAUGCACUGGUACAAUCCUGAUGGUGCUUGGCCUGGUGCCCUGGAUGACUUCGUCGGUUGGGUUCAGGAUGAAAGGCACGAGCCGAAGAUGGGUAAGGGGCAGGAGCAGGAUAUGGAGGUCGAGUAA